AUGUUGAAAGGCAAGAAUCCUCUUUUUGGCAGCAGUAGCAGCAGGUCUCUGCUGUUCGGAAGCUUUCUGCUGUUUUCUUUAUGGGUAUCUCAAGUAUCAUCCCAAGGGUGCACUAAUACUUGCCCACCCAUCAACUUUGGGACACCAGUACCGUCUCUUUGCGAGGGAGACCUAGCCACAGAAGCCUCUACCACCAGCAUUAUCGACAAGGAAUACACCGUCUGCCACCCCGCUUCAUCCAAAUUUCGAUUUCGAGAUUUCCUUGGCACUGGCAAAGUAACAGUCCUGUCCAAUUUUUACAUUGGUUGCAAUGCGGGCCGACGAGAAUCCGGAGUCUUUGCUCAUACGGCGCAAAAGUACUACGAUCGCUACGGGAAUCGUACCACCUUUAUCACGUCUCUGAAGGGUGGGACUACCUGCAAUCAGUGGGCUGGACUCUAUCAAGCCGAUGCCUUGGAGCUGUUUCCCGAUGGGACAGUGACUCCCAAGGAAAUGCCUCUUACGGUGCUGGAUCAAGAAUACGAAAUUCGAGAUGAUUGGUUCACGACACCCUUUGGUCACCCCAGCUAUGUCAUUCUCGAUGGCGAUCUUCGUGUUCGUCACAAGUUUAUUGGACCUUGCUGUGGUUAUGAGGAUUAUUUUGAUUGUACAGCGGAUGUUGCAGUGGCAUUGGACGAGACACUCUCCGGAUACAUUGAUGCCAUUUUGAUGGAAACGGGGACCAAUCUCGUUACCGAUGAUGCUGUAAACAAUGUAAACAACAACAAUCCACAGGAGGAAACCACUCCCCCACAAACUGCAACAACCCCUUGUACGGCUACAGAGUUUUCGGAAUGGUCCGAUUGCAGUGUCACUUGUGGAACCGGCAUGGAGUUUCGAUGGAGGACAGUGACGCCCACUACUAGUGGUACCUUGGAGGAUUGUCCCGCUCCCGUGGAAACGAGACCCUGCGUGGGUCCUGUAGCGGAACCUUGUCCUGCGGAAGGCUCCUGCAUCCAGGAAUUUGGAGAAACGUGGCAAGUGAAAACGGUUGCUUCCGGCUUUGAUGGUGCCAGAGAUGUGGCCUUCCAUCCAACUCCUGGCUUGCAUCUUGGUCACUAUUCCGAAGGAAGAUCCUUUCAUCCCGAUCAAGGGGAAGAAGCUUGGGUCCUCAAUGCGCACAACCACUCUGUCUCCAUUGUCACCUCGCUCGGCACUCCCGUACAAUCAACAAUUAGUCGACGGGAUCGGGGAUAUUACCAUUACAUGAUAAACGCAACAGCGUUCGCCUUCAACAUGGUCAGCAAUUCUACCCGAGCUCGGGAUCGGGAUUCCUUCAACUAUUUCGCCGUCUGCAAUGCCAAUGCCAACACAUAUUUGGGCUCCAAAGAGCCCAACUAUUUCAUGGGGCCCACUCUCUACAACACCGAUCCGAACAAUCGAAACACCGUAAAUCGACUGGGAGAACCCUGUGGGCCUGAAGAACCUUGUUUCUUCCUUCACGCGGAUAUGUUGCACGAGGCACCUGAUUGCAUUGGGAUUGCCCAUGACCCUGAGAUUAGAAGUGCGUUUGGCAAUGUCUACUGGGCAUUUGAUAACACUGGAAACAAUGCAAGAGCACAGCUGGUGAGAUUUGAUUUCCAGCAGCCCCACGGACCAGGGAGCAUGGAUCAUUCUGUGGCUUCCAUUCGUAGGUUCCCCGAACUUGAAUUUGCUCGGGGACCAGAAGGAGUGCAUGCUGGCAUGGUGGUCCACCCCGCAAGGAGGGAGCUGUUUGUCUCGGUUCCGAGCGAGAACCGCAUCAUAGUUGUCAGCGUGGAUAGUGGCUCGUACGCAAGGACUGCCAGAGAAGAAUAUCCCAUUUACUCCAACAGGCUCCCUUCCUUUGAGUACAACAUUUUUGAGUGUGUCGAUCACAGAGAACUCGCUUCUGGCAUUCAAACUCCCACUGGGUUAGCACUUGGCCCUGACGGUGACCUGCUCUUUGUUGCAGAACGCGACACAGGGAAGAUUUUAGUGUUGGAGGUCGAAACCGGCGCAACUCUUGCUGAGAUUGCAACUGGCUUCACGUCUAUUGGCGGGCUUUCCUUCUCGCCCGCUACUAACAUCUUACACUUUGUGGAUGAACACACCAACACGCUCAAUUCUGUGCACCCCUUGUCAGCUUGUGCCAAUCCAGAAGCCAGCCGCUCCUCAGAAUCCUUCCAAACCGAAUUGGGCCGGGCCGGACAAGCAGUCGAUGAGGUAGCCAACACGAAUGGCUUCUUUGCCGUCUAUCGCAACUACGAAUGCACCGUGGAUCCAAUUAUACCCGCCGCCGUUUUCUUUGAUCAGGUACACGAUGAUACGGGUUAUGCCAGCGACAACCCAGAUGUGCAAUCGAUGGCAGGAAUGGAUGAAACAGCUGCCCUGUUAGCCAACCGAACCGACUGUGGUCCCACUUCAGAGCUGAACUUUGAUGCAUUGCUCUUGGGAGGGUACUACUGUCACCAGUGUUUGCCUAUCAACGAUGGUUCCGAGUGCGAUGCAGGAGGCGUUUGCACGAAUGUGCAGUGGCUGGGGUACUUCUGCAGCAAUGAGUUUUACAUCUCCAACAACGGUGGCACUGAGCCAAUAGCUGUCACAGAUGGCAACAGGACCAAACUCGAAACGGGUCAGUUUCCCCUAAGACGUGGCGUAACAUAUCGUUUCACAGUCCAGUUGGGAGACCAAUCCGUCUGUCUACAUGACCAGCCGAGUAGCAGCUCUCCCCCGAUUGCAUAUGAUGGGAAUACCGGCGGUUGUGUGACACGCGGUCCCCUCAUUCUGAAUGCUGACAAUCUGCCCCCAGAGCUCUACCUUUUUGCAUCUUCCUCGCCAGACCAGCCCAUUCUGGAGCUUGUCCAGGAAGGAUACGUUGCAACUAACGGUGCUACUGAAGAACCGGAUGCUACUGACGAGCCGGAUGACGAGCUGGAUGGAGCUGCUGGUACCGCUGAAGUCUCUCCAGACGAUGACGAAAUCACCAUUUUCACUACAGCCCCUGGAGAGCCAAAACAGUUGAGUUCAGAAUCUCCUAACACUGGUGUCGUUGUUGGGGCUACUCUGGGAUGCACUGCAUUCCUUGUGAUUCUGGCUGCAGUGGGAUUUUUCAUAAUACAACAGAAGGCAGGCAAACGAGGCGAUCUGGGUGAAGCUCCGACUGCAAGCAUGCAGUAA